AUGCCUUUUGUAAGGCUCUCCGUCUACGUAAGUGAACUGAUAUGCAAGAGAGGCACAGACCAUAUGACAAAUGCAGAUUAUCAUCAGAUGCUGCUGAGACUCCAGUGGAAGCCCCAACUCUGGAGAUUUGGAGUCUUUUGUCUUCAGCCCGCCUCAACUGGGAACCCGGACGGCCAAGAAAUUCUUGAGCUUGAUAAUGUGCCUGAUCUUUUCAAGCUGAACUUCUUCAUCCUAACACGGCGCUUGUACUUUAGGUGUGGAGCAAGGCGUUCAACUUGCACAGUCAUAGUCUUGUCGUGGGAGGAACGUGUAACCCUGCCUUGCGUGGAUUUGAUCGAUCUGAUAACAGGGAGGAAUGUAGGCGUAGGCAGUGGCGGAGGAGGGGUGACGGCAGAAAAGGUCAUUAGGAAGCGGAUGAUAGACAAGGCGCCGCCAUGGAGAAAUGGGGUUGAGAGGGAGAGGGAGAGGGAUUUGAAUUGGAGAAUUGGAGGAAAGGUUAGAGACUUGUUUGGAAGGAGGGAUAAGAGAAGAAAAUGA